AUGGAGCCGACGGUGGCGGACGGCGCGACGAGGCGUAAGAAGGAGGAGAUUGGCGACUACGAAUUCUUUUCCCUCGCAACCCUAGAGCCGCAGCUUCCCUUGGGUCGCUCGGCCACAUGGGCCGCACAUCUGGAUGGGCCACCAGGAAUGACCAGGAUGAGGAAACGGGCUGGGCUCGUUUUGGGAUUGGCGACGUCUGCUGAUCGGGCCGCAAGGAAGAGAGGAGCGGGCCGAAUCGGAGUUGGUCUAUGGGCCUUGAAAGAAGUGGGUCGAGUAUGUUUCUGA